ACUGAGACUUUUCUAUUUUAGUUUCCCGGGUCACAUGAUCCUUCCAGCCAGUGAGAGCACUGCCGAAGUAAUGGCAACAACCUUCUGGGAUAAAUGUGGACUGCCAGCUGCCGAUCUCGCUGUUGACAGGAAAAGCAGAUAUGUUCCUUGCUCACUGCCAUUAGCAAUGACCAUGACCCUUCACACCAAAGCCUCUGGAGUUACCCUGCUGCACCAGAUUCAAGGCACUGAACUGGAGACUCUGAGCAGACCUCAGCUGAAGAUUCCCCUGGAACGAUCGCUCAGCGACAUGUAUGUGGAAAGCAACAAAACAGGAGUUUUUAACUACCCAGAAGGGGCCACCUACGAUUUCGGUACAACCGCUCCAGUGUACGGCUCUACUACGCUCAGUUAUGCCCCUACUUCUGAAUCUUUUGGGUCCAGCAGCCUGGCAGGAUUUCACUCUCUGAACAAUGUCCCACCAAGCCCAGUGGUGUUCUUGCAAACAGCACCCCAGCUCUCACCCUUCAUCCAUCACCACAGCCAGCAGGUACCCUACUACCUUGAAAAUGAACAGGGCAGCUUUGGGAUGAGGGAAGCUGCUCCUCCAGCCUUCUAUAGGCCAAGCUCUGAUAACAGGCGCCACAGCAUUCGAGAGAGAAUGUCUGGUACCAAUGAGAAAGGGAGUCUGUCCAUGGAGUCCACCAAGGAGACCCGGUACUGUGCUGUGUGCAACGACUAUGCUUCAGGCUACCAUUAUGGGGUCUGGUCUUGUGAGGGCUGCAAAGCCUUUUUCAAAAGAAGUAUUCAAGGGCACAAUGACUACAUGUGUCCUGCCACUAACCAGUGUACUAUUGACAAGAACAGAAGAAAGAGUUGCCAGGCCUGCCGACUAAGAAAAUGCUAUGAAGUGGGAAUGAUGAAAGGUGGAAUCCGGAAAGACCGCAGAGGUGGUGGGCGAAUGAUGAAACAGAAACGUCAAAGAGAGGAACAGGAUUCCAGGAAUGGGGAGGCUUCUUCUACAGAGCUGCGAGCUCCCACCCUUUGGACAAGUCCACUAGUGGUUAAACAUAACAAGAAGAACAGUCCAGCCCUGUCUCUGACAGCAGAACAGAUGGUCAGUGCCCUGCUGGAAGCUGAGCCACCCAUAGUUUAUUCUGAAUAUGACCCCAAUAGACCAUUCAACGAAGCAUCUAUGAUGACCCUGUUGACCAACCUUGCAGACAGAGAAUUAGUGCACAUGAUCAACUGGGCAAAGAGAGUUCCAGGAUUUGUGGAUUUAACACUCCAUGAUCAGGUCCAUCUACUGGAAUGUGCCUGGUUAGAGAUAUUGAUGAUCGGCUUAGUCUGGCGCUCCAUGGAACACCCGGGAAAGCUUUUAUUUGCACCUAAUCUAUUACUGGACAGGAAUCAAGGUAAAUGUGUAGAGGGCAUGGUGGAAAUCUUUGACAUGCUACUGGCUACUGCUGCUCGAUUUCGGAUGAUGAACCUUCAAGGGGAAGAAUUUGUAUGCCUUAAGUCCAUCAUCCUGCUCAAUUCUGGUGUGUACACUUUUCUUUCCAGCACCUUGAAAUCUCUAGAAGAGAGAGACUAUAUCCACCGUGUUCUGGACAAAAUCACAGAUACCCUGAUACACUUAAUGGCAAAGUCAGGUCUUUCUCUGCAGCAGCAGCACCGGCGACUGGCUCAGCUCCUCCUCAUCCUCUCUCACAUCAGGCAUAUGAGCAACAAAGGAAUGGAGCACCUGUACAAUAUGAAGUGUAAAAAUGUAGUUCCACUCUAUGACCUCUUACUGGAGAUGCUGGACGCUCACCGCCUACACGCACCGGCAGCCCGGAGUGCUGCACCAGUGGAAGAGGAGAACCAAAGCCUGCUGACAGCUGCACCAGCUUCAUCUCAUUCCCUGCAGUCCUUUUACAUUAACAGCAAAGAAGAGGAGUAUGCAGAAUACAAUAUAAACAAAAGUCAGCGUAUGUAAUGGUAUGAGAAACCCAGCAGCGUACUACAUAGCUCAUGCUUCAUGUCAUCUAUGGAGCCACAUAUGUCAACACUCCAGUGACAUCAGCCACCUGUAUUUUCCAUUUGAGUGUUUGUCAAGCACUUGCCUAAAUUGAUUCUUAUUCUAAAUGAAAGACAUUUCAUUACUAUGGACAGCUAGCAAGGACUGUUAGGCUAACUUAAUUUGAAAUUUGCAGUGUUUUAGUCUACUUUUGAAUGUGUGUUGGCUAAGUCCUAAUAUAAGCUGUAACAUUUGUUUUGCCAUAAAUUAAUAGGCCAUAACACCCAUGCAUACUUGUAUCUUCCCGAGUGGGAGCCUUUCUUGGUAUCCACCCCAAAUUCUGCACCCUUUUAGUCCUUGAGUUGCCUGAAACUUUGAAGCAGUUUGGUUGAUUCUGCAUGAGUUUUUGUGAGGGAUAACAGGAAGCUGAUUGGCAUCUUAGUUGCCACAGUGAAACUACACUGCUAGUGAAUUGCUUUGAUAGUUUGGUUAGAUUUCUGCCUCCUUUCUUCCUCAAUUGGAAGAAGACUCUUUGUAUGGAAAAAAUACUGUUUUGCAGACAGCUUCUUUUCAAGAUCAUAGUGACCAAACUUUUAGAUCCUCUUAUCCUUGCCCUUAGCUAAAUUACAUUGUGUGCAUCCUGUCUUGUCUGAUCCUAGGAAAUACAAUUCUGUUGCUUGGCUGUAUAUAAACCAUGGGCAAUAUGGCAAGCAGAGAUAACAUGGAUAAUUGCUCUCAAAUCAGACCAGGUGAUCACAGAAAUCAUCAUGCCUGGAAAACAAAACCAAAAUUCCAUGCCUUCUAAUACAUACACAAACCAAAGCUAUUUUAUGAAAUAUCUUUCCCUCUCAUUUGCUUUCUUGUGCUACAAACCAAGAGAUGAGGAUACCUGUGCAAGACUGGCAUAGCAAGGUGAGAUGAUCGCAUUCAUGGCAGUCUUGCCUAACAAGACUGGGGAGGGUUUCGAUCAGAGCCAGUGCAAACAGGUUUUGCACUAUCUAUCUUGCUUUUCUUCAGCUCUCACUGGGGCAACCUCAAAGGUCACUGUUAAUAUCCACCUUGUUUGUGGCACCAGAACUGGGCAGUGUGUCUCAGACAUGGUGAAGACUUCAAAACUGCACAUCCAGGGUGCAUCUGGCUUUCUCCAUACAUGUAUGUAAUCAUUUUUCAUGCAAGUUAGUUGGAUUCUGCAGAUCAACCAUAAAUAUACAAAAGGUCCACUGACAGUAGGAAUUUCAGCAGCUUAUAAAGGAGAGACACUGAAGAAAAAGACCAACUUAUCUGUUGUAUAAACUGACCAAAAUGGUCAUUUGUGCUGCUGUUGAACUGCCUUUAAUGCUAGAAAAUCAAAGAUCACAGAAUGUUGCUGGGUACUGGAAUCUUAUUAUUAUAUUUUGCAGGGAUGCUUUAUCUGUUUAAAGACAACCUUUGUCUGUGCUACCUGCACACUUGUUUUUCAUGUGCAAUUUGGGAGUUAGCCCAGACCAGGGACUAUUUCAGUAGCUGGUUGGAAAUGACCACCUGUAAGUAAGGAAGUUCAAUAGAACAUGUAUAGGCUGCUUCUUAGCAGCUGGCCACAGUGCCAUAGGAGGGUUUGGGGAUGCUUCUUUUAACUUUUAUGUUAGGUCAUGCUAAUUGUAAUAUCCUAUGACUAAAUAUAGGAAAUAAUGCAACCAAUGCGGUACAGGAGUUCCUAUGUCUAACCAUGCUCACUGUUAGACAAGCAAUGUCUUUGUUCAGUGAGUUCCAGUUACAAAGCAAUUGUGAAGAAAGCAAGGCAUAGGAUGAGUUUGUGCUCUGCAUCAAGGAUCCAAUUCUUUAGUGGAUGUACAUAAUAUUGUCCAUAACAGUCUCAUGUACAUACCUGAGGAUACGCACAGUUUAGAAAUCUAAUGAUAUAUGCUACUUACGUGUUGGAGAAGAUUCCUUGAAAACUGUGCAAACCUGAAUGUGUGAAGCAGUCACUGUAAGUAUAUAGGCCUUUUAUCGAUGAGUAUUAUAGUGUCUUUUUUUUUUCCUAACAUGCUAAAGGAGUUGUAUUUUUGUGUAUUCAUUAAGAGUAUGUAUGUGUGCAUAUGUGCAAAUUUGGUACCUAAGGGCAUUUGGAAGGUUUUAAAAUGCUUUGAAAGAAAAUGCACAUUUUGUCACAAUUAGUAGAUGGUUUUUGAACAUGCUGGAAACAUUAUGAAUGCCCUCAUAUGAGUGCAGGUUAAGAUUUGAGUGGAACACAGGAAUUCUUGUAGACACACUUCUGUACUUACACAUCAUUAUUUACUUGCAGCCUUGUGCUACAAGAUUUCAGUGCUCUAUGUGCAGCUUGUGUGUUCUAUAUGACAAGCCACAAACAUCAAGCUUGUGGCUCAGCAGAUGCUAAGCAAGUUGUUUUAAAUAAAUGUCUCCCCUCCUACAUUCCCCAAAAUGCAUUGCAUCAAAAUCAAAUGUAAAUCUGGCCUAGAAGAAGAAAAUAGUUGAUGGAAAACAAUUCACAAAAUAGUGCCAGAUUCUGAUGAUUCUCCGUAGGUUAAGUACCGUUGAUCUCUACAGAUUGUCCCAGCGAAAUUGGGCAAAUGUGAUUUGAAGUGGUAUGCAGCAUAUUGAAGGGUAUCAAAUUGUGGCCCAUAACAUGGGAAAUAAUCUGUCAGUUCACAGUCAUAAUUACAAAUGCUCUCCUAGGCUCAGUCCUGGCAGUGAAAUCAUUUAGAGUCAAUUCGUCCUCCCACACCUGUGGUGACAACUGUUAAGGGCACCCAAAAAACAAAAACAGUGAUUUCCAGUUAUGCUUUUACUUAGCUUGGGGCAGUCUCAGGACCCGUGUCUUUAACUGUUGAUGAUCUUUUAUUUGAAGCAGCACCUUAAUGAAUAUAGUAAACCUUUGAUGGUAAUGAGUAACGAGUAUAGUAAACCUUCACACAGUUAUCUGAAAAGACAAUUGUUCUCAUAUCAGACUGUUGAAUGUAGCUAGUCAAUAAAUUAAAGUCUAUUAUAUAAAAGUGGUAGCUUUUUCAUAUGGAAUUCCAAAUUAUGCUCUUAUGUAUGCAGACAAUUGUGCCUGACAUUCAAUAAUUUCACAGGAUGGUAUUUUACAUGUGUAUAUAUAUAUAUCUCUAUAUAUACAUAUAUGCUUUGUAUUUGCAGCUGACAAGCCAGUACUAUCUUGAAUACCUGGUGCUGGAUAUUAAACAAAAAUAUGUAUAGCAUGUUUAAAAAAAAAAAAAAAGAAAAAGAAUUUAAAGAAAGCUACUCAAGGCAGCUAAUAAUGCUUUUACCAAAAUGUUCAUAGAGAUGUCUCUUGACAGCUAAUGAAAUAAUUAUUUUAUAAUGUUUAUAUGUGGAUUAAAAAAAAAAAACAACACAAAAAACAAAACAACAAAAAAAAAAACAGACAGAAAACAAACAAACAAAAAAAACAACCAAACACCUAGAAUCAUAGGCAAUGUAAUACCAGCAUAAGCCAGAAAUAGACCCAAUGAACCAGCUUUGCUUGAGAAUAUGAUUGUUGUUCCUGAAAUAUUACCAAAAACUAUGGAGGCAUAGAGUAAUGUGUAGCACCCAGUGGAGACUGAUUUUCCAACAAUAUGUAAAAGCUACUCUGGUUUGUAAUGGUUCGAGCCGUGUCUCGAUCUUGCAGACUUUGUCUCAGGUAAAACUGUCAGUUGGGGCAGUAGAAUUUGUACUGGGGUAAAUUAUUUUAGUGAGGGUUUCUUGGUGCGUGUUUGUGAUAAAUUUACUAUUGUGUUUCAGUGAUAUUUUGAAUAUUUUUUUCUCCUGUACACUAAGGUGUUUAAUAGUUUAACAUUAUAUUAACUAAAGUAAAAAAGAACUGAGCUCCCAAGGAUAUUGCAAGGACUGUUCAGCAAAUUGCUGCAAUUUAAACUGAAAAAAAAAAAAAUAAAAUGAAGAGAUAAAA